AUGAUGCACGUGACAUGAGAUCGUCAGCCAUUAUUCGAACACACACAUGUGGUUCUUGUGCUGUCCUUAUGUGUGGUAUUAUGUCAGGUGUGUGUGCUAUGCGGAGCGGUGCUUUCUCGCUCGCCUCGAGACACUGGCCAAACACAUGAUCUUCCUCAGGAUAAGAUGGACGCACUCUCGUAUCGCAUCGCCGCUGUGCGGCUGUUUGUCUUAUCGGUCGCUAGGGUCGGGCCCGAGCAACACGGCAGCGACAUACUCACCAGUGUCACCACCAUCAAACCGUCAGACGCUGCGGACCGGGUGAGGUACACCGCAGCGUGUCUGAAUACGUACACCGACAAUGUCUGUCUGCCUCUUUGCAGAUUUGUGGCAUUGGUGCUCAACCAGCAAGGGCACCAGGUGGCUGUGGUGAUGGGCUCAGGAGGGCGGCCUGAGUCGCGUGUGCCGAGUGUGCUGUGUCUCAAGUUGCGAGACUGACUGACUGACUAACCUAUGGGUCUUGAGUGUGUGAUCUUCCACUCACGCACAGCCACUGUUGUUCAUUCGUCCGUAUAUGACAGACAUACAGUAGAUAGCCAUUCAUGAGCUGACUGACUGAGGACCGAGGAUCUGAUGACACUGUAUCUGUGAGCUUGAGGGGUUGCGCUCUUAAGGUGUAUUCAGC